ACACACUUCCGGGACAGGCAGGGUAUCUUUCCCUGCCAUCUGAGCGGAGACAGGGCGAGGAAGAAGGAAGGAGGGAGCUUCUCCUGCACAGACAUGUUCAGCAGUGAAGUAUCCGAGUGAAAAACGUCUUUCUGAAGAGCGCAGUUCAGAGAGAAGACCUCAGCGCCCUGAGGACUUCAGCGCCGGAGAGAAAGCAGGAGUUUCUUUUGGAAGUGUGACGUGACGGGCAGUGUCAGUUUCUGCUGUCCCGCACACACACACCGCACACACACUGCCGUUGGAGCGAUUAGGCCAGUAGCGCCAGCUAACCAGCUCGCUAGCUGUUUUAACCAGCGCUAGCCUGAACCGUCCUGGCCGCGGCGGUCGGUCUUUUUGUGGGAUUUGAAGUGACAUUGCGCUUUUCAGCUUUUCAGGACAACCUUGGACCUGGCCGUGUGAUUCAGGGGGGAGUGCGAGAAGAGAACACUACGAAGCAAGUUAGAUCACAAUUUGGCUGUGGAACAGUCUUUGUGGAGCCAGAAACAGAGGAACAGACAUGGGAACACCAGGAUCAGGACGAAAACGUGCUCCGAUCAAGGACCGCUUUUCAGCUGAGGAUGAGGCCUUAAGUAGCAUAGCACGAGAGGCAGAGGCCAGACUUGCUGCAAAGCGGGCUGCCAGAGCAGAGGCACGAGACAUCAGAAUGAGAGAGCUGGAGCGGCAACAGAAAGAGCUCUCUUAUCGCCACACCUCCUCUAGUAGGAAGUGGGGGCAAAUUCACCAGUGGAUGGCUGACACAGAGAAGGCCCGGCACAGCCAUCGAUCCAAAAGCCAUAGUCAUCGGAAGGGCCUGGAAGAUGAUGUUAUGUCGGUUCGGAGUAGUGGAAGUUACAGGUCAUCAUCUUCAUCGCUGCUAGGCAACACUCAUUCCUCCAGCCAGUCUAGCACAUCUCGGAGAAAAGGCUUGGUGUCUGAUGGCCUCUACGGUAGUUCCUCUUUGAAGAGCUCUCGCUCCACUAGCUCUUUGUAUAAUGACCUCCACACGAAGCCUGUUUCCCAUAGCUCCAGGAAAGGCCUACUGACUGGACUGUAUCAUGACCAAAGGAACUACAGCAGUCUAAAGAACUCCAAACCACCUCCUACUUCCUCCUCCACUGUCUCUACCUAUCAGCCUCGGGCCACAUCCACCACUGGCUCCACAGGCCUGAUGCGCAGCUACAGCCUGGCCUCAAUAUGUGACGAUGGCCUCUAUGGCUCAUACAGUUCCAGAGCUCCCUCUGAGUGCAGCUGGUACUCUUCUGGUGCCAGCUCUACCCGCAGUAGUCCUGUGUCCUCUUCUGAUGACGACUCUGCCAGUACGGUGUCUCAGGAUCACUAUGGCCGUGGAAGAAGGGAUAGCGUGUCGUCCGAUAUUUCUGAUGUGAGCGCAACUGCGGCUGAUUAUUUCAGUCGCUCGAACCGCAGAGGCAGUAUUGUUUCUGAUUUAGAUGAUCUGAGCAUCCCAGACCUGGACAGCUUGGAGGAGAAGUGUGACAAGCAGUACUCGGACUCCUUCAGUCGGCCAUCCUCUCGAUGUACCACUCCAGGCCUUUCUGCUGCAUCUCUGGCCUCCCUGGGAGGCACCUCUUCCAGACGGGGCAGUGGGGACAUGUCCAGUAUUGUCGCUGACCCAGAUGCCUCUCUCAGUGAACUGAGGGACAUCUAUGAUCUAAAGGACCAGAUUCAGGAUGUAGAGGGGCGAUACAUGCAGGGGCUUAAAGAGCUGAAGGAAUCCUUGUCUGAAGUGGAAGAGAAGUAUAAGAAGGCCAUGGUAUCUAAUGCACAACUUGACAAUGAUAAGGCAAACCUCAUCUACCAGGUGGAUACACUAAAGGACGUUAUAGAGGAAAUGGAGGAGCAAAUGUCAGAACUACGCAGAGAAAUGGAGGAGAAGUCAAAGGAAUUAGAGAGGCAAAAGCACACCUGUACUGUCCUGCUGCAUAAACAAGAGGAGCUAAAAGAGGGGAUCCGUCAGCGUGAUGAACUUAUUGAGGAGAACCAGAACAUUAAGCUCAAGUUAGAUAACUUCACGAGAGAGGUGUUUGACCUGCAGGAAACUGUUAACUGGAAGGACAAAAAGAUUGCGGCCUUAGAGAGGCAGAAAGAGUACUUUGAUUGCAUUAGGAAUGAGAGGGACGAGCUCAGAGAUGAGCUGGCUGACCUCAAGGGGAAAUCCAAAGCAAUAGAGAAACACGGGCUGGUCAUCAUUCCUGAGGGUACACCCAAUGGUGAUGUCAACCAUGAGCCCCCCACCUCAGGGAUCACUGUUGUCACACAGGAAGCUGCACAUGUGCUGGAGUCGGCUGGAGAUGGACCUCUGGAUGUUCGGCUACGAAAGCUUGCUGAGGAGAAAGAUGAACUUUUAGCCCAGAUCAGGAAGCUAAAAAUGCAGCUGGAGGAAGAGCGGCAGAAACAUUCUAAGAUGGAAAGUGUUUACACAGACGGAGAACGGAUGGAAAAUGGCACAGACUUGCACUUAAUCGAAAUGCAGAGGGAUGCCAACAGACAAAUUAGUGAAUAUAAAUUCAAGCUGUCAAAGGCAGAACAGGAAAUGGGUACAAUGGAACAAAAUGUCAACAGACUUGAAGGGCAGGUGUUAAGAUACAAAACAGCAGCUGAUAACGCAGAGAAGAUUGAAGAUGAACUGAAAGCUGAGAAAAGAAAACUUCAGAGGGAGCUGCGUGCAGCCCUGGACAAGAUUGAGGAGAUGGAAAUGACCAACAACCACCUAGUGAAGCGUCUGGAGAAGAUGAAAGCCAAUCGCAACGCUCUCCUCUCUCAGCAGUGAUGAGACUUUGCCUUGGCCACUGCGCAAUCUUAAAAGCCCUUAAACUUCUUUCUUGUCUCGAGACUUUUCUGCCAUACACUGCAAAUGCUGCUCCUGUUCCCCGACGCUGUACGUGUGGGAAACCAAAAAACACCUGCUACCAACAAGAAGUCCUUUCUUCAUUAAAGAUUUAAACCAAAAACAACAGACUGGUUCACACCUAAUUUUGUGUCAGGAAGGGAGCCACUAAAUGAUUUUUCCCUCUCUGAGUCUUUGAGGACCUUUUUUGCUGGUAUUUUGUGUUUUUGAAAGCUUUGUAUAUCAUGUCAUUCACCUGGGUUUUAUUGCUUGGAUUUGGGUGCUUGAUUCUCCUGAUGUCUUUUUGUUCCUCCCCAAUAAGUUGCAUGAAUGAAUAUAAAAGUGUAUUUUAAACUAAUUUCACACAGCUCUUAAACACUGAUAUACAUUCACAGCAGUGUGCCUUUUGUUCACAGGGAAACUAAGGGUUUGCAUUAUAAAGGAAAAAAUCGGUACAGAAGAGAAAAAAAAUAUUUAAUAUAGGGAUUUCAGUCAUGAUCUGAAUAUAAAACCAGUUUUCUGCUAUGGUUUCAAAGAGUUUUGUUUGUUUUUUUUUUCCAAAAAUAUUUAAAAUAUUUCUUGAAAAUAAAUGUGUAAAUUAGAGUGAUGUGUGAAUGAGAUGGAUGAUUUUGUGUUUUGGAGCAUUCACCGGGUUCAGUUUUUCAGAAUCUGGAUACAGAAUUCAUUCAUACGUUACAUGAGGAUUAGUUUACCCACAUUGCUUGAUUCUGUUAGGAUUGUGUUGCCUUGGAUUUACAGGUUGUACAAUGGCUGACCUGAAUAGUCGAAUAUUAAAGGGCCCAUAUCCUGGAAAAAAGUUUGAUGUAUUAUGUAAACAUUGCUAGGUUUUAAAAUGUUCCACUCAGUCCAAAUAUGGAAACUACACUACAAAAAACUUUUGAAUUAAUUGUUUUUGUGAGGUCACAAUAAAAACCUGUUCAUGUAUCAGGUUAGCGCCACCUAUUCAAAUUUAAGUUGUAGGGUGUUUCAGCCUAGUCUGCUUCUGGAAUGAGACACAGGGCCAAUCAGAAUGCAGGUCAUUUUACUUGUAUCUGCCUUAAAGGCACAGCUUGUUUAUUACUAAGGGAUAAAGAGAAGUUGGAAAAUGAUUGUGUAAAAAACCACAGACCACACAGUCCACUUAAGUAAACCUCAAGGAGGAAAACAAGGAUAUGGGCCUAGUUGUUUCAGAAAUACUGCAGUUUGAGUUUAGUUUUCAGAAUGUAGUUUGCAAAAUAACAUUCACGUUACCCACUCUUACAAGCUGCCAACAGCAAAAUGGCUACAAUAUAAUUAUGUGCAUCCAUAUUUAGAUAUAAAAUUACUUAAUGCCGUCAUUGUGAGAAACAUGGUGAGUUCCUAUACACUAAAAAUGGUUCAUCAGUUUGUAAAAUUUUCUCUGGUAACAAGCAACUGGUUAUAUUUCAACUGCUUUAAAUGUAAGGAUGCAAAGCAAAAUUUCAGUUUAUGUAAACAAAAAGUUAAAACCUCAAAAACCUUCAAAUCGACUUCUGCCCUGUUCUGCAUUUUUCAGUAUUUGUCUAAGCUGUGUGGUAUUAUAAACGAUCUUGUAAUGUAACUCAUUCUGCUGAUUGAUUUUGAUGGGAUGUAUUAAAUGAAAAACAGCUGUCUUUGAACUAAGGACACCCUUUUCUCAAAAUCAGCCUAACAUUCAGUAUUGGUUUACACACUGGUGUUCAAGACCAGCUAUGGGGCCAAAUAUACACUGACCAGCCACUUCAUUAAAACCACCUCCUUGUAUCUA